AUGGAAUUAUCAAUAUCGAUCGAAAGUGACAUUGAUAACUGUAUCAACAAAGUUUUAUCUGCAUUGGAUAUUCAUGAUUCAAUAAAACAAAAUUUUAAAGAUAUUUAUGAUUUAAUAUUAAAGGAAAUAGAUAAAUUAAAAUUUUCUAUUGGUUUAUUUUCACAUCAUAUGAAACAACAACAAAUAAAACUUAAUGAAUUUCAAACUAUUAAUGAACAACAAGUUAAACAAUUACAAGACUUUGCAACUACAAAUGCAAAACAACUAAAAGUAUUGCAAGAUCUUCAAAAUUUAAAUCAAGAUCAAGAAAGAAGUUUACACGAGUUUAAAGAUCAAAAUACAUCACAACGGUCAAAAAUUGAUGGUUUAGUUAAAAAAAUCGAUUCAUUAGAAUUAAGUUCAUCUAUUCAAAAUAUAACGAUGGAAGCUUAUGAAGUAAUACGUCUUUUUCAAUUUUAUUAUGUCAAUGACGCAAUAUGUGCAAUAAAUGAUCCAAAAAUUGAUAAUUGGCAAAAAUUAACUGAUCAAUGGUGUUUACUUGAGAUGGAAUUACUUGAAUCAUUAAAACUUGAUCAAAAAGAUGUAUUCAGUGAUUCAGUACAAGAACAUCCAUCAAUUGUUAAAUUAGUAGCACCAAUUGAAAAAGAAUUAGAAAGUUUAAUUCAUGCACCAUUCAAACUAAUCAAUAUACGUAAAAUAUCUAAUGAAAGACAUGGUUUCGCACAUGUUAAAAUGAAAUGUGUUGAUGAACAACAAUCAUUUAUAAAACACAUGCAAAAUGAAAUGUAUCCUGAAGAAUAUGCGCAUACGCUGAUUAUAAAACAAAUAGUUAGUUGGUUAUUGGCACGUGAUCGCAAAAAACUUUGA